AUGCACCUCAGCGAGCGGGGCCUUCUGGAGGCGCUGACGCAUGCGCGGCUGUGGGAGUUUUUGUUUCUUUAUUUGCGGUGGGGAGCAGCAGCAGCAGCAGCAUUUCUGGAUCUUUAUGACGCGCUGCCUUUUGCUGCUGCUUGGGACGGCUUUCUGCAGGCAUUUCCUGGGCGGACUCGCUGGCGGGGUUUGCGGCCUCUGCAGCAGGAGAUUGAGCUGUCGGGGGACCCCGUUGCAGCAGCAGCAGCAGCUGCUGCUGCUGCUGCUGCGCCACGGGCCUCGCCGCUGUGGCCCUGGAGACCCAGACUCUGCCGCCUCAGCAGCAAAGACUGCUGCAGCUUCAGGGGGCAGCUAUUUGCUGCGCUGCUGCGGGACAGCACUCGCCUGCACUGCCUGCGGCGGGGCAGCCUGGUGGAGAGCAACGUGCUGCAGCAGCAGCAACAGCAGCAGCAGCAGCAGCAGCUGGUGCAGCACUGGGAAGGGUUCGCUGAUGUCGGCCACCUGGCGGACAAAAGCGUCCGGGGAGCGAGAGCCGGCACAGCAGCGCGGCGCAGCACCAGCAGCAGCAGCAGCAGCAGCGAAGACACGGGAAACCUCUCUGAAGACCUAGACGACUGCAUGCAAGUGCUGCCAGCCCCUUCCCCUCACCAGGGAAGAGACCGUUUGCUUCUGCAGCUGCAGGUCAACAUAGCGAACAGCCAAGCC